UUUCUUUACAUCUAAGACAAAUUUAAAUCAUCAGUCGUGAAGCCACAUCCACGGUUAACGUACUAACUUCCUAUUUAUUCAAAACAGUCGAAUCUGAAAUGGUUCAUGCAUUAAUAUAUUUGAUAACAUAAUUUGAUCUAUUGAUUUUAAUCGCGGGAUUAUAAAGAACCUGACGUAGUAUUUUGCAAUGACUCUUGGCAAACGGAUUUGUUUCUUACUUGUAUUCUUCGCACCACGUGUCAAGACUGAUCUCUGGAGAAAAGUAGCGAAUCACCCAGCAUGGAAUAUCUUGGAUACGUUUGAGUGUGGAUUCAGUGCAUCCGACCGUAUCAUUGGUGGAUUCAAUGCUGCUCUUGGACAGUUCCCGUGGAUCGUACGACUAGGAUACUCCUUAUCUGAAGAGCCGGAGCUGGAGUGGAUGUGCGGAGGGGCGCUGGUGACGGACAGACACGUGGUCACCGCCGCGCACUGCGUGCAGCCGGCGGACGACUUCACGCUGACUACCAUACGUGUAGGCGAACACAACACUGAAACCAACCCAGACUGCGAGAUGCAAGUGUGCGCGCCACCGCUCCAGGAUCGGAAGAUCAAGACCAUCAGGAGUCACUCCCAGUUCAACAAGCCCGCGUUCCACAACGACCUGGCCAUCAUUGUGAUGGAUAAGCCGGUUCAACUUAAUGAUUAUGUGUCCCCGAUAUGCUUGCCUCGCGAGGAUCAGUUGGCUGCUCUCCGCUUAGGCGAGCUGGUGACGGUGGCUGGGUGGGGCACCAUGAACAUGACUACCGAGCAACGAGCAAAGAUACUGCAGUAUGUAGCCGUGCCGAUAGUGAAGCCAGAGACAUGCAAUAUCAUCAGUCAAAGUUUCCGCGUGACAGACACGGAAAUAUGCGCAGGCGCACAACACAACAAGGAUGCUUGCGGAGGCGAUUCAGGAGGACCGAUGAUGAAGGUUUUUGAUACACCAGAUGGACCGAAGAAUGUGCUGGUAGGUGUGGUGUCAUUCGGACCAACAAUAUGCGGGAUCAAGAAACCCGCAGUCUACACUUCAGUGCCACAUUUUCUCAAAUGGAUACUAGACAAUAUCAUGAAAUAAACCAAUUUUUAUGGA